AUGUCAAGCGUUAUGGCAUCUCCGACUGGCCAGAGAAACACGUGCAGUGGCGAUGCACCGGUCAGCCCCACCAGAAUAACCAGAUUGCGAGAGAAGCAGCAGCUCAGGAACCUCAACGACCGUCUCGCCGUGUAUAUUGAGACAGUCCAAAAUGUAGAAUCUGAAAAAGACAUACUUAAUCUGAAAAUUAGUGCGAAGGAAGAAGAAAGAAGCCGGGAGUUAUGUGUAAUAAAAGCCUUAUAUGACACGGAGCUUGCCAAUGCCAGACGAUGUUUGGAUGAUUCCUCGAAAGAACAGGCCUGGCUGCAGAUUCAGCUCGGAAAACUCAAAUCCGAGUAUGAGCAACUUUUACAUAGUAACCACAAAAAGGACUCUGAUGCAGGUGAAGCCCACACCCGGUUAAAGGAUUUGGAAGCUCAGCUCAGUGCCAAAAAUGCCAGACUCGCUACAUCCUUGUCUGAAAAGACCGUCUUGGAGGCCACCGUGGGUGACCUUCAAGAACAAAUUGAUAAGUUGAUUUCCGACCUUGCUCAAACCAAGAAACACCUUGCUGACGAGAUGCUCCUUCGCGUUGACUUUGAAAACCGCCAUCAGAGUCUGACAGAGGAAAUCGAGUUUCGUAAGACCAUGCACCAAGAGGAAGUGAAGGAAGCACGGCAGCGGUAUGAAACAAGUCUGGUGGAAGUGGAUUCUGGGCGCAAAGAGGAGUACGAGUCCAAGCUGAGUCUGGCACUAGCAGACAUGAGGGUGCAGAAUGAGGAGCAGAUGAAGAUCUAUAAAGAUAGCAUGGAAAGCACUUAUGCUGCCAAAAUGGACAACGUGCGACGGUUGUCCGAAGUGAACGGAGCGUCAGCCAGCAUUGCCCGAGAGGAGCUGAGAGAGUCGACCUUAAGGAUUGAGAGCCUCACUGCCCAACUGGAAGGCCUGCAGAAAGAGACUUGUGCUUGGCGUGGUCGCAUAGCAGAACUGGAGGCGGCACUCGCUAAGGAGAAAGAUGCAAGCCGCAAACUUGUGGCAGAAAAAGACCGCGAAGUGGCUGAGAUCCAAGCAAAGAUGUUGCAACAGUUGAAUGAAUAUGAACAGUUGCUGGAUGUGAAAUUUGCUCUUGACAUGGAGAUCAAUGCAUACCGCAAACUUCUGGAGGGAGAAGAGGAAAGGUUGAAGCUGUCUCCCAGCCCUUCCUCUCGUGCCACAAUGUCUCGAGUCUCUUCCAGCAGCCGUAGUGUUCGGACAGCUCAGGGAAAAAGGAAGCGUAUUGAUGUUGAGGAACAGGAAGCUAGCAGCUCAGUGUCUAUUGCUCACGCCUCCUCAGCCACAGGACCCAUCAUUAUUGAUGAGAUUGACACGGAUGGCAAGUUCAUUAGCCUCCAGAACACCGGCGAUGUGGACCAAGCCAUGGUGGGCUGUGAAGUGAUUAAAACUAUUGGAAGUGUGACAGCCACAUUCAAAUUCACACCUAAAUAUACAUUGAAGGCUAGACAUAAAGUCACGCUUUGGACGUCUGAUGCUGGCAUGAGCUACAAACCCCCGACCGAUUUGAUUUUGAAGAACCAGUCCUCUUGGAGCUUUGGGGAGGAUGUCCAUGUGGUUUUGAUCAAUGCACAGGGAGAGGAAGUGGCAAAGAGAAACAUUACAUAUAAGACAGCCGAAGAAGGCGAUGGUGUGGAAGACUAUACUGAUAAUGGAGAGGAGAUGCUUAAAGAUGACCUCUACCAACAGCAAGGUGACCCUGGCCGGGCCCAGAGAGGCUGCUGCGUCAUGUGAUCCCACCCAAACCACCAGUAGUCAACUGAGACACCGACUUGCUGCCAACUGUGAAGAAAAAUAAUCUCUUUUAAAAUCUUUUUGAGGAUAAAUUGCAAUUUACUUGGCAUUUUUCUUUAAGUCCAAAGUUGCUUUCAUCGAAAUGCGAUCCUUCUUGAAACCGAAUUACAGUUAUAGGCUGAAUGUCCCCCCAGGACUUCAGGAGAAGAAUUGAAAUGGAUUUUGCUUCUAAUUUAUUUGAAAUGUCACUAUUGUCUGUUUUAAAAAGUAUUUAUUCUUUAAACCUUUUAGUUUCAAAUCAGGGAAAGAGGUAUGUCAUUUUGAAACAAUUAUAUUUUAUGAAAGCGUAAUGAAAAUUGACAUUGAGAGCACAUUACUGUGAAUCGAAGCCUCACUAAUCAAAAGUAUUCGAAUCAGGAUAUUGGUUCAAUGUCACCUGCCGAUAUGAUGCUUGUAUUUUGCCAUGUCAGAGUACAGUUUAAACUGGUCAAUAAUUAUCCACUUUGCAACCUUGUGUGCUAUUUACUACUCGAAAAAGUCUAAGCUAUAACUGGGUUUUUUCAUACAUUUGCUAAUGUGAGUUUGUUCUCACUGAUCUUUGAUAGAAUUGCCCAACAGUUGAUUGUAUUCCUAAAAUGUGAAGUCGUCGUAGACGUACUUUUUGUUUUGGAGUCUUACACUGUAUAGUGUGGCAGUAAUUGCCAGAGUCUAAUUAAAUGUCCUUUACUUGAA